AUAUUUAUCUGGGUGAGUACAAUUCACUUGUCAAGUGUUAUCUCUACUGACACACCUCAUAAUUAAUUUCAUUGAUUUUUCCGACCGUGCACUCUAAAAAUGUCACAAAAAAUGCGUGAUAUUCCUAUUGCUAAGUUAAAUAAUGGGAUAGAAAUUCCAGUUUUUGGAUUAGCGGCACCUCAGGUGGAAAAUGUGCAACUUGUGGUAAGUUCAAACUACCGACUAAUGGAUUGCUCUAUUUUUGAAAAUGAGAAAAGAUUUGGAGUCGCUCUUCAACAACUAAUCGAAGGAGGAAAAAUCAGACGGAAAGACUUAUUUCUCAUGAGCAAAUUUUGCUGCACUAACACCACAAAUUUAGUCAAGGCUGCUCUUUUAGACACUUUGAAAAAAUUACAAGUUGCAUAUUUAGAUUUAUACUUAAUUGAGCGACCACCAGCUUGCAAAGACCACAACCUUAUUGAAACGUGGGAAGCUAUGGAAGGGCUUUACAAAAACUGCACAAUUCGCCCGCAAGUUAAUCAAAUUCAAUGUCACCCUUACUUAAAUCAAGCUAAAUUACGAAAGUAUUGUUCGAACAAUGGAAUUGCUGUAAUAAGUUACAGUCCGUUGGGUGCGAGGAAUAAUAUUCAACCUGAAAGUCUCGACGUUCUUAGUGACUGCAGGAUUAAAGAAAUUGCAAGGAGAUACAACAAAACACCAACAGAAAUUGUGCUAAAAUAUAACGUGCAGUUAGGAAAUAUUGUCAUUUCGGACAUGUUAAUCGAAAGUGCGAAUUUUUUCGAUUUUUACUUAGCACCUGAAGAUAUGAGUUACAUUUCAACGUUUAGUUCGUAAAAUUCGAUUUGUGUUUCAGUGUAUGUAAAUAAAAAGCAGACAGCAUUUCAAUUAACUCGA